AUGUCGGGCAGCGCAGGAUACGACCGACAUAUCACUAUCUUCUCCGAGCAGGGUAGACUGUAUCAAGUCGAAUAUGCCUUCAAAGCAAUCACAGCGGCGAACAUCAUGGCGAUAGGUGUCCGAGGCAAGGAUUGCGCCGUGGUGCUGUCACAGAAGAAGGUCCCAGAUAAACUGAUCGAUCCCUCGUCUGUGUCGCACAUCUUCCAGAUCUCGCCGUCCGUUGGUUGCGUUAUGACCGGCUCCAUUGCAGAUGCUCGUGCAUUUGCGCAGCGUGCCCAGGGUGAGGCUGCUGAGUUCAGAUACAAGUUCGGAUACGAAAUGCCAUGCGACGUCUUGGCUAAGAGACUGGCCAACAUCAGCCAAGUCUACACUCAGAGAGCGUACAUGAGACCUUACGGCGUAGCAACGACCUUGAUAUCCUUGGACUCCGAAUUUGGACCCCAACUUUUCAAGUGCGACCCUGCAGGUUACUAUGUCGGCUACAAGGGCACGGCUGCGGGACCCAAGCAGCAAGAGGCGCUCAAUCAUCUCGAGAAGAAGCUCAAGAACAAGGAUCAUGCAGAGGGAACGUGGGAAGACGUCGUGGAAUUGGCCAUCACCACUCUCAGCACGGUUCUUAGCAUGGACUUCAAGAAGGGUGAGAUUGAGAUCGGAAUCGUUGGAGGCCCUCAACCAGACGGCAAGGAGGGGCCGAACCCCAACUUCAGGACCCUCACAGAAGAUGAGAUCGAUGAGAGAUUACAGGCCAUUGCUGAGAAGGACUAG